AUGAAUCAAGGGCCUCCGCCGCCGCUUCCGCCUCCACCUGCGCCGUCUCUACUGCCUUCACAUCCUUCACCUCCCUCUUCUCGUCAAGAAGUCUCAAAGCCGAUACCAGAUACUACAAUGCAGCCGUCACCACCACCUCCUCCUCCACUCCUGAACACGCCAUUAAGCACGGCGGACCCGGAAUCUCCACCAUCGCCACCACGUCCCGUGUCAUCCUGGAUGCCCACCAAAGCGCAAAUGUAUGAGGCUUUCAAAGGCUUGAGAGUGGACGAAUUCGGCCGCGAAUUCCGCCCCUUGCACAUGUUCUUCUACGGCUCACUCAUGGACCCCGACGUCCUCCAGGCAAUUCUCAACUUGCCAGACCUCCCGACAAUGCAGCCUGCCACCAUCACGGGCUACCGUAUCAAGAUGUGGAGUAUAUAUCCUACUCUGGUACCUAGUAGCAGCUCUGAGGGCGGAAGCGUAAAGGGAAUGCUGUGGGAAACGACCUCGGACAAGCAGAUCGAGCGGUUGGCGGCUUACGAGACUGCUGCUUACAAGUCGGAGGAGUGUGAGGCGGUUUUGACAAGUGGAGAGGUGGUCAAGGCGUGUCGGACUUUUUGUUGGGCGGGACGGGGGGAUAGUCGGGAACUUGAAGAAGGCAGUUUCGAUCUCGAAUGGUAUCAGAGGUGCUUCAAGCCUUCUGUGAUGAGGCGGCGCGAGACAAGUUCGUGA